CGGUUUAAGGAUGCCAUUAUCUAUGCAUGUUUACUGCCCACAAAACUGGGUCAGCGCUUCUCACAGCAAGGGUCGGACCAGUUCCCUUGGUAACCGUGACAUCUGAUACUAGGGAUGGUCAAGCUGCCUGCAGAUGUUACAUUCUUAUCAGGGACCUUGUCCGAGCUGUUCAACUAGUUGUACACAGUACAGUGCUAUUUCGACUUACACAGAAGAUAUUUGGAUUAAUCACGAAGAAGAAAGAGAGCAUUUCUUUGAUCAAAAGACAAUCUACAGUAAGGAAGAACCGCCUGUGUGCGACAGCAACAGAUUCGGAAAUUGCAGCAAUUGCAAAAGAUUGGUUCAGAUUUGCUUGUGAUCGCGAUGGUGGCAGGAAAAGGAGAGAGGAACAAAAAAGGGCACAACAGGCAGCUACUGCAACUAUCAAUGCUGUGCUUAGUGACAAUUCCGAACAGGACUGAUCUGGGACAGAUAACUAAAAUUAGCAUCUGAUAAUCAUUUAUCAGUUUUGACUCUUUAUAAUGAUACAAUAACAUACUGUAUUCAAAACUGUUGAUUGUAAAAGAGAAUAAUGUACAUUUAAUCACUGUAUUGUCAUCAUAUACAAAUAAAUUGUAAAGCACUUGCCAAUAUGACAACUGAUUAAUUUUUAUGUUGCCAGCAUUACACAUAAGCAUCACUUUAUCUACUGUUUGUUACGU